AUGUGGUGCAGCGAUCUCGAUCGUGUCGAGGUCGUUGCUCCUCGCGCUGCAGUCAUCGGCGAACACGAGGCGGGAGGCGAGGAUGUCGACGCUGUGAGACGAUUUCUCUCGGAAAAAACUCCCCAGCAUAUACACAAACAGAUCAAGCUGACCGAAGACCCCCUCGUAGCCCCCGAUCUCGUGGAACGAUCUCACACGGAACUUCCUCAACAAGAACACGGCGCUCAGACAUUCGGCCAUCGCGAUGGGCAGGAAGACCAGUCUCCUGUCCAGACGCGCCCCCCAAAGAGUCCGCCCAAAUCAAUCCCGAGAGUCAGUGGCCUGUCCAGUAGCCAGAAGAAUUUGGACUAUCUUCGCGCGGCUGCUCCGUACAGCUAUCGAUAG